GGUUGGGUAACUGGUUAUAGUAACUAACUGGUCUCCAAAGCGAAUAUUUUUUCACGAAUCACCAUGGAGAUUGUUUUGGUUUGCUCGAUCGAGUCCAUUAGUAAAUUGUCAAUAUUGAUCUGAAAGUACAAUUGUAACUGUUGGUUGAAUACCUGCAUUAUCAGCCAAUUUUUGUGAUUAAACUCCACUCUUCUCGUAAAAAUUUAUUUACAUCAAUCACCUCAUUUGCUCAUUGAACAGUGAUUUUAUAUGUUUCUGUCUCAUAUUUUCUAUAAAUUGUGAAUUCAUUUUGGCCAUCUAAAUUUCUUUGUACAUUCUUCAGUUGUUUGACUAAUAGUGUGUAAAAUUUCAAAAGAAAAUGAAUAAGGAACCAGGAGAAGACAAUGUCAAGGUUGCUAUUAGAUGUCGACCUCUUCUACCAGAGUCUAAUGAAAAAGCAAUGGCUAUUCAGUUCGAUGAGAAUAAUCAGUCAAUUAUUGUUGGUUCGAGAGAAUUUACAUUUGACACCAUUUUCCGUCCAGAAGCAACUCAAAUUCAAGUCUACGCUCAAUCCGCAAAACACAUUGUUGAUUCCGUCCUUCAUGGAUAUAAUGGAACUGUUUUCGCUUAUGGUCAAACUGGAACUGGUAAAACAUAUACAUCCGCGGGAAUACUUUCGCAUAGCUUUGCUCAUAUUUUUGGUUUUAUUGCUGCCAGUGCAAGAGACACUCAAUUUUUAGUUCGAGCUUCUUAUUAUGAAAUUUAUAAUGAAGAGAUUAGAGAUUUAUUGAAUAAGAAUAGUAAAACCUUAGAACUGAAGGAAUCAGCUCAAAGUGGUGUUUAUGUCAAAGAUUUAUCCUGCUUUGUGAUCAACAAUGUCAAUGAGCUUGAAAAAUUGCUCGAAAAAGGAAAUAAACAGCGCGCUGUAGCAUCAACAAAUGUCAACAAAGAUUCUAGUCGGUCACACACUGUUUUCACUAUAGCAAUUGAACAAAUAAAAACUGCUCCAUCAGAAGGACGAGGACCUGGAAACCUUCGAGUUGGUAAACUUAAUCUAGUCGAUUUAGCUGGAUCAGAAAGACAGAGUAAAACAGGAACUCAAGGGGAUAGACUUAAAGAAGCUGCCAAAAUUAACCUAUCAUUAACAUCUCUCUCUUUGGUAAUUGCCGCUUUAACUGAUCCUAAAGCAACUCACAUUCCUUAUCGAAAUUCCAAACUUACUCGACUUUUAUCCGACUCAUUGGGAGGUAAUUCAAAGACUCUUUUAAUUGCUUGUAUCGGUCCCGAUAAGUCGAAUAUUGAGGAAACAAUAAGCACUCUAAGAUUCGCCAGUACAGCCAAACAUAUCAAAAACAAAGCAAGAAUCAACGAAGAUGCAAAAGACACGUUAUUGCGUCGAUUCCAAGAACAAAUUCUUGAGCUCAGAAAACAACUGGAAGCUACCGAGGCUGAAAAUAUUGAAAAUGGACAACCUGAACCCGAAAUUGACGUUGAAAAAAAACCUGCUAACCCUGAACUAUUAGAGAAACUUAAAUGCCUUGAAGAAAAAAUCAUGGUUGGAGGUGAAAAUCUAUUGGAAAAAGCUGAGCUUCAAGAAAAACUAUUAAUCGAAAGUGAAGCUGAAUUAGAGGCACGCAAAAAAAAAGAAGACGAACUUAAAAUCGCAUUGGAAAAGAAGCAAGCUGAAAUGAUUCAAAUUGAGGAAUUUUAUGGGACACUUCAAGAAGAAGUCGUUGGAAUCAAUAAAAAAUUAAAAAAGGUUUUCAACUAUUUAUGUUCAGCCAAAAGUGAAUUGUCUGAUAUUCAAAGUGAAUACAGCAAACUUCGUGAAGAUCUUUUGGACACUAUAAGAGCUACCCAUAAAGAAAUAAAAUUGGCAAAUUUAAUCAUCAGUCAAUUCAUUCCAGAAUCUUGCUUUGAAAUGAUCCAAGAAUCAGCCAAAUACAAUGAACUUGUUGGAGAAUGGCAAUUGAAAUGCAUUGCCUACACUGGGAACAAUAUGCAUGAUAAACCAUUCCACCAUGAGCAGAAAGAAAAUUUUGUCGAAGACGAUUUCACUGCUAAAGCAUAUCUUUCAUAUCGCAAAUGAACUUAUUACAUUCCGGUAAAUUAAUUUCAAGAUCAAAGUUCAACUGGUUGCUUACGAUAAAGCAUUCAACUGGCAAUUAAAGCUUAACUCAUCAACCCAACAGGAAAAUCUGUUGAAAAUGGAUUACCACUGUAAAUGUUCAAUAAAUGCUAUUUAUUUGAACAUGCUUA